AGCGCUUCCGGGGUGUAUGUGGUGGUGGUGGGGGGGGAGUUUCCCUGACGGUUGUUGUCUUGACUCCGCUCGGGCCCGAAGCGAUGGGAAGCGGCAGUGGCGGCCGCCCGUGCGGGUCUCGCUGCCGCCACUGCCACCGCCGCCGCCGCUGCAGCAGCGCGGGGAGUUCCGCGCCGCUCUAAUGGCGGCCUUCACCAACCCCGCCGCCGCCUCCUCCUCCUCGUCGUCGGUGUCCCAGGGUCGCAGGGCAACGGGGGCCCAGCCGGUGCCGGACGAGUUCACGGCGCCGGCGGAGAAAAGCGGCUUGCUGGAGCGGAGCCGCGCAGGCAUCGAGCGCCUCUUCCGCGUGCGCCUGCUCGUCUUGGGACCGCUGAGCAGCGCCGGCGCCUGGGCUUUCCCGGGGCUCGGGCAGCAGCAGCAGCAGCAGCAGCAGCCGCCCCCCGGGCGCAGGAUCUGGCUGAGCCUCUUGGGCGAGCGGGAGGAGGUGCGCAGCGCCAAGGAAUAUAUUAAAGGACUUUGUGAACCUGAACUGGAAGACAGGGAGUAUUAUCCCAAAGACAUGCACUGUAUUUUUGUAGGAGCCCAGAAUCUCUUCUUGAACUGCCUUAUUCAGGCGACUUCUGCCGAUAUUACCGUCGUGGAGAUUGGGACGCUCAAUAUUAAGGGUGGCGCUGAGCCUGUCGUCAUGGCCAGAAGCCACGUUCAGCAAUUUGUGAGUCUCUUCAAAAAUAACACAAGUCUGUUGAAUGGCAGAGAGCCGGAAGUGAAGAAGUGGUUUAAACAGCUUGUUGAAGCCCAUGCAGAUAAAUACACAAUGGACUUGCUAAUUUUACCAAGCUCGCUGAAGAGAGAGCUACUCAACCUUGCACAGAAGGAGAGCUACAGAACAGAAGGUAAAAUCAUAGAUCUUGCCAGUUCUGAUGGGAUGCCGGAGCUUUUCCCAAAUGAAACACAGAAACGAUCUGUGAUAAACAAUGAUGGCACAACAGGUUUGGAGGAAGCAAGAAACAAUGCAGGUACCCCUGUCACUGAGUUAGCAAAGCAAAUGGACACCGUCUUCCCCGAUACUCCAGACAGGCAUUUCUUCCCUAUAAACGGUCUGAGUUCGCUGGAGACAUCUGCAUGCAAAGAGAGGCAGUCAUGUAAAAGGAGGUCAUCGGAUGCUGAGGAAAGGCUUCCGAAGAAGCAGUUUUCUUUAGAAAGCAAUCAGGAGAGCAAACAGACUGCAUGCAAUGUUCCUGGUGAUGUCGUGUUUAUCGAUCUGGUCAACGAUACAAGCAUCGAGUCAGACAGUCCGGGCCUGUGCACUAAAGAAGGUGAUGAGAUAAGUGAGGAAAUGGAAUACAAGAUCUUGGUGAACUUUUUCAAAAGCAUGGGCUACUCACAACAAAUUGUAGAGAAGGUGAUUGGAGACCAUGGGCCAUUGGCUGAGCCACUAUUUCUUCUGGAAGAAAUUGAGAAAGUGAGCAAGAAUGGCCACAAAGAGAAAGAUGAGGUUGCCGUCAUAUCACAGAAUAUUGGAACAUGGAUAGAGAAAGACAAUUCUAGUAGCAAAGGCCACAAAGACCCGGGUCACAAACCAGUGCUGCCCAAAAAUGCAAAGCAAAAUCUGGUCUCUAUUCCCCAAGCACAGCGCAAAGUUGAAGGCAAGUCGCAUGUGUCAAACCAUGAAAACCAAACUGCUCCUCCAGAUAGCAAAACCCCACAGUACAAAGGCUGCAGUAAAGUACGCUCACCUUAUUGUUUUGAACAGCCUCGCGUUUCCCAAGCGAGUGAUGUUGAAAGUGACGGUUACAUGGAUGCAUGUAACGCACAGAAGGUAACAAAAGAUGGGAAGCGUAAAGAUCCCAGCUUGGUGGCAAGGGGGGGCUCGGAGAAUCCACGCCAACCGGUUCAGAAAGAAACUGUGGUUCUUCAAGCGUGUGCCGAGCAGUCCUCCACGAAGCACGAUCAACAGGGGCGUUGUAACCUUUUGCAGCUUGGAGGCAGACAGCCCCCUUCCCAAAAACCAAACCAGCUCCCAGACUCUGCGCGUCCUCCACUGUUAACCGCUCCUUAUCCAGAAAGGAGAAUGGGGGGCUCAUACAGUCGUCACGCCGACCCUUCAGUCACUGGGGUUCAGAGGUUUCUAGACUCUUUGAAAACUCCAUACAAGCUGGAAUUGAAAAAUGAGCCAGGGCGAGCCCACUUAAAGUACAUAGUAAUAGAUGGCAGCAACGUCGCAAUUUCUCAUGGUCUACAAAGGUUCUUCUCGUGUCGAGGAAUUGCAAUUGCUGUGGAUUACUUUUGGAAACGGGGCCACAGAAGGAUCACUGUGUUUGUCCCGCAGUGGCGAACAAGGAGAGAUUCUAACAUCACAGAACAACACUUCUUAACCCAGCUCCAGGAUGUUGGUAUUUUGGCCCUCACACCUGCAAGAGUUGUAUGUGGAGCCAGGAUUGCAUCUCAUGACGACAGGUUUUUGCUACAUCUCGCUGAGAAAACUGGAGGAGUUAUCGUUACCAAUGAUAACCUCAGGGAGUUUGUUGACGAAUCCACAUCCUGGCGAGAGAUUAUUCAAAGGAGGCUGCUCCCAUACACAUUCGCUGGAGACAUCUUCAUGGUUCCUGAUGAUCCUAUGGGACGUAACGGUCCGGGAUUAGAACGUUUUCUUCAGGAGGAAGCCAAUUUUAGAGGUGUUCCACCCCAGUACGGCCUUGCAAGUGGCGGUCUUCCUCCGUUUGGGACGUCGCAUUUCCUGAUGCAACCUGAGAGUAGCGGACAGUCGCCAAAGAGCCCAUUACCUGGACUUGUUCCUGCCCUGUCUAUGUUUCCACCAGCACCCAUGGCUAACUCAGCUCUCCCCCCGCAUCCAAGAUCUGCUACUGAAACAAUCCAUUUGAGAGAAGCCUUGAAAAAAAUAUUCCCUACCUCUGAGCAGAGAGAGAAGAUUGAGGAAAUACUUGCCCAGCACCCCCACAUGAGAGACAUGAACGCUCUGUCUGCUAUGGUACUUGAUUUGGUUUGAUGAACGAAACAAGCAAACAAAAACUUUGGAUUUUGCCAUUUGGGUUGUCAGGGUGAAGAUGCCGAUGAGCUGAAGUCAAGCCAUCUGUGAAUAGUCAAAACUUAAUUCUUUUGUAUAUAAAAAAAAUGUGAAUAUUCAAAGGAUUUGCAGAUAGCUUUUUUUAAUUCAUUUAACUUAUGUUGCUUUUACCAAUUUGUAUUGAUGCAUUCUCUUGAAAGAAAGAAAGUCUUUAUUUCUGAUUGUCUUGAAAUUGUUUAUAAAAGCUGCCACAACUUAUUUGUGGGGAAAAACAAGA